AUGAUCUCAUCCGAGUCACAAUUUUAUAAAUUAAAUCUCAAUAAAACACAUACUCUUGAAGACAAUCACCAAAACCUUCAAAAUGAAAGCCCUUUCAAUACUAAUGAAUUGAAUUUUCUGGAGAGCCGUUACAUAAAAGUAGAUUUAGAUAACUGUAUCGGAAAGGGAUCUUUUGGUACUCUGUAUGUAGCACUCAGUCAUCAACACAGUUAUGUUGUACUCAAAAGAUACGAGAAUUAUACCGAUGCCUGUCAUGAGGCGGAAGUUCUCCGUUUGUUUGGCAAAGUCAGAGCUCAUCCAAACAUAAUUACUUUCUUUGAAAGCUAUGUUUACAAUAAACACUUGUAUCUACUGCUCGAGUACUCAAAUACUGGUGAUUUGACUCACUUUUAUGAGAAGACAUUCAGAUUGAGACAAUCGACAGAAGAAGACGUGUUUAAGAUCUUUAAAGACGUUUAUUCUGGUGUUGAACACAUGCACAACAAUGGAUGGGCUCAUAGAGACCUUAAAUUUGAGAACAUAUUGGCAUUUAGAGAUGUCCUCAAACCUAUCAACACUACAUUCAAAUUAAUAGACUUUGGAAGUGCUGUGUUUGGGAUCACCAAUGAUGGCAAAUGCAAGAGUUUUCGCAAGCAUUGCGGAUCCCCGUUCACAAUGGCACCCGAAGUCACACUAAUGCCUUACAAUGCCUUUCUCUAUGAUAGCUAUUCUUUAGGUGUCAUACUCUAUGGUUUAUUUCAUGACCAACAGUACCCUCAUUCGGUCGACACUAAUGAUAUCAAUGAUUCACAAGAAUGGCUUAUCUCAUACAACAAGAAAAAACAAGACUUAAAUGCCAUUAUGUUUAGAGAUGACAUAAGUCAAGAGCUUAAGUCACUGAUAAUGGGUCUAAUAGUAGCCAAUCCCAUCAAUCGCACUAUUGUUCAACACAUCAAAGAGUCCAAGUGGUGGCAUAUCAGACACAAACAACUCGUUUUUAACAAUAAGUGUUAA